AUGAACGCCCUCCGCUGUCUGCGCGCCGUCGCCCGUCCGGCCAUGGCCACGCCGUCCAUGGCGCAAGCCGCCCGCAACAUGUCGCUCCUCAGCGCCCGCCGCCCCAUGCUCGCCCCGGCGUCGCUGCCAUCGACGCUCGCCGCCCCCGGCGCCCCCGCCGCUGCCACACGCUCCCCCGAGACGCUCGACAUCAUGGGCAAGAUCUCGGCGUCGCCCGCCUUCGCCGGCGUGCAGAUCCGCUGCGGGCCGCGCGACACAUACAAUCCCUCGCACUUUGUGCGCAAGCGGAGACACGGCUUCCUGAACAGGCUGCGGUCGAAGAAGGGGCGGAAGCUGCUGAUGAGGAGGCUGACGAGGGGGCGCUGGAACCUGAGCCAUUAG